UCCCACAAUUCUCUGCACACUCCUGGUUUCCUGCGUGAUAUCCUGGUGCAGAGGCUGCUGCUUCCUAAAAGAUUCCAUGUCCGCGCUCUCCGUUCCUCUUCUGUAUCAUUGAACAUGGGAGAAAACCAGAGCGACCAAACCGAGCAGAUCCUGCGCCUCACCCUGGAGAUCAUCCUCCUGCUGACCGGAGAGGAAUAUUUCGUUGUGAAGAAACCACGAGGAAAAGAAACAAAAAACAUUCUACAGACAGAUGUUCAUAUAACACCACACUGGUCUGUAAUACAUAAUAAGAAGAUCCUGGAGCUGACCCGCAGGAUGAUGGAGCUGCUGACUGGAGAGGUUCCUAUAAGGUGUCAGGAUGUGGCGGUCUAUUUCUCCAUGGAGGAGUGGGAGUAUGUAGAAGGACACAAGGAUCUGUACCUGGACAUUAUGGAGGACCCCCGGCCCCUCACAUCACAAGAUUUACCUAUAGAUGGUAUAAAUGAACACCCCCCACCACCGGGACAAUAUGAGGGGCACUCAACAAACCCCAAUAUAUAUAAUUCUACAGAUCAUAUACAACAAUGUCCUCCUCCAAUUAAGGAAGAACCCGCCUCGCAUAAUGGAAGAACUCUCACCCAAUGUGCUCAAGAAAAUCCAAUAUCCUCUAUUAAGGAGGAACCCGUCUCGUGUAAUGGCGGAAUCCUCCCAGACACCAACAUUCAUAGACCCACAGAUGCUCAUACACAACAAUCCUCAUCUUAUAAGGAGGAACCCGUCUCGUGUAAUGGUGGAAUCCUCCCAGACACCAACAUUCAUAGACCCACAGAUGUUCAUACACAACAUUCAUCGUCUUAUAAGGAGGAACCCGUCUCGUGUAAUGGCGGAAUUCUCCCAGACACCAACAUUCAUAGACCCACAGAUGUUCAUAGACAACAAUCAUCGUCUUAUAAGGAGGAACCCGUCUCGUGUAAUGGCAGAAUCCUCCCAGACACCAACAUUCAUAGACCCACAGAUGUUCAUACACAACAUUCAUCGUCUUAUAAGGAGGAACCCGUCUCGUGUAAUGGCAGAAUCCUCCCAGACACCAACAUUCAUAGACCCACAGAUGUUCAUACACAACAAUCAUCGUCGUAUAAGGAGGAACCCGUCUUGUGUAAUGGAGGGGACGACAAAGACCAAAGAAUGGCUGCGUCUGAUCCUACACAACAGUAUCUGAUGGGGGAACAAGAUGGAGGAACCAUUACAACCCCCAUUGUUUGUGUAUCUGAAGAUCAUGUACAAUGUCCUCUGGUUCAGGAAGAAGUGGUCCUAUAUAGUGGAGGGAACCUAAUCAGCAGCACACAACCUAAUCCAACAAACUCUGCUAUGGAAGGGACCAACCUCCCAGGUGUGAAUCCUCCAGAGACGCAAAGUCAAGUCCCUGUCCUCCUCAACGUACAGUUUUCUUGUUCCGAAUGUAAGAAAUGUUUUGUGUCCAUGGCGGAGUUAGUGUCGCAUCAAGGAGUUCAUAUGGCGGAAAAACUGCUUCAGAUGAGAACUCAUGUCUUUACCACAACUAUUGUCCAGGUUGCCCAGGUGGCGCCUGUGAAACAUAAACUGUUAACCUGCUCCACGUGCGGGCGAACGUUUUACACCAAGUCCUCUCUGGUGGUACACAUGAAGACUCAUUGGGGUAGAGUCAGCAAAACGUUCCACUGCGAUUAUUGCGGGAAGAGUUUCCCUAUUAAAUCCCUCCUAAAUGUGCACAUGAGAGUCCACUUUGGAUUUAGACCAUACGUGUGUACGUUGUGCGGAGAGCGCUUCAAGAGGACUUGUGAUCUCUGCAAACAUCAGAAGAAACAUCAGUCAGUGGAGACAAGCUUUGUGCCUCCGGGGCUCGGAACGUUCUACGGGGCCCAAGUGGCAUCAGGACAAUCAGAAAAGUCUAGAAUAGACCUAAACUAAUGACCGGGUUGUAAGAUGUCCUCCAAGUGCUUCCCGUGAUCUCUGCCGGUGGUCUUCUCUUUAUACAUUGAGGUUGGGGGUCUCCUUGAGAGUUUGCACAAAGUCCUAUUACAGACCUGGUGCUCUGACUUUUAUACCGCUAUGCGGGGUCAGUGAGAUGUAGAUCUGUAUACUGUCAGACAAUCAAUGAGAGGUGUUCAGUGUGGGGAUAUGACUGCCCUUCCGUGGAAUCUGCGGUGGUGCACCUGGUAGGGUAAAGUCACAGCUAGAUAAAAGAUGAUACCUGGCACUCACCAGUAAUGCACAGUGAAGUGUGGUACAAGGACACGUAGUUAAGUACAAGGACACGUUUCGGCAUGGGAGCCUUCCUCAGCUGUCUGCCUACGUCAUACAGCUGAGGAAGGCUCCCACGUUAAAACGCGUCCUUGUACCCCACUAUGGCAUAGUAAAUCUUCACUGUGCCGAAACGUGUCCUUGUACCCCACUAUGGCAUAGUAAAUCUUCACUGUGCCGUAACACGUCCUUGUACCCCACUAUGGCAUAGUAAAUCUUCUCUGUGCCGAAACGUGUCCUUGUACCCCACUAUGGCAUAGUAAAUCUUCACUGUGCCGUAACACAUCCUUGUACCCCACUAUAGCAUAGUAAAUCUUCACUAUGCAUCACUGGUGAGUGCCCGGCAUUCUCUUUUUUUUCAAUUAAUGAGAGGGGAUCCUAUCUAAGCAGAAGAGGACUAUUCCUGCCUAAACUUUUGGUCCUUUAUCAUUAGCAGACUAAUAAUCACAGGAUUAAUAAAACUAAAUAAAAAAUAAACAUUCAAUUCAAAGGUUUAAAAUUAGAUAAUCCUCGAAAAAAUAUGUAAAAUUCCCUGCAAAAAAAUGGCCACAACUAGCAGUCAUCAAUGACUAUUGGUAAUUAAAGUAUUAUAUAAGACAAGAGAAACUACCACUGCAGUGUGGCCCUAUAGAAUAGUUCCAGUCUUCAAUAACACCUGUUCCGACAUGUUUCCUCCUAGAAAAUUGGGUUCAUCAGGGGAGAGAAGACAGGAUAACUUGAAAGUAGUAAAGUACAAAAAUGGAUAUUGUGGUGUAGUAGAGUGAUGUAAGCAAUAACCAUACACGAAGAGUAAUCCCAAGGCCCACAAUUGGGUCAGUACCAGUUACCCCAUGAUGAAAAGCUAAGGGUUAAGAGAUGGGUGUAGUGUGGAAGACGAUGGUCACCGUUGAUGAGGGCUAACGAUUGUCACAUGUAGCAUGAAGCUCUGUUCAGGCAUAGGGGCCAUCUAAGGAGCAAGAAGAUAACCUCUUGGAUGGCCCAUAUACUCCUUACCCUGAUAUUAGGGAUCUCUUGCCAGGAGCGGCAUUCAUUACCUUUACAAGCACAAACACCAAGGUGUUAGAAGUGAAUGAACCAUCUUUGAUAUUCCCUCUAGAAGGUUCUCUUUCUGUUUACUUAUAGAAGAAAAAAAUUAAAGGGGUGCUCCAGGAAGUAUCAUAUAUAUAACAUGUAAAAAGCUCCAAAGCCCCAUGCAAGUGGCUGCUGUGGCCCCUGCUGUCUUCUCUGGCUGCUUGAUAUUCUUUGCUACUCUUCCCUACAUCUCCCUGCAAUCACUGCAGCCCUGCUCUGCCAGCCAGCUCACUCUCUGAGAGCAGCCCCCACCCUCCUUCUCUGAGCAACAGAGGCGUUCAGUGUCUGAUUGGCUGAGGCUGCACACACACACCUCCUAGUUCUCAGCACUAAAGAGAGCGUGUCCCUCAGUGCAGGGCAGAAACCACAUUGUCUUUGUCUCUCAGGAUUGUGGGGGCUGCUCUCAGAGAGGGAUUUGGACAGAGUGCAGGGCAGAAACCACAUGGUCUGUGUGUCUCAGGAGGGUGGGGGCUGCUCUCAGAGAGGGAUUUGGAAAGAGUGCAGGGCAGAAACCACAUGGUCUGUGUCUCUCAGGAGGGUGGGGGGCUGCUCUCAGAGAGGGAUUUGGACAGAGACAGAGUGGAUGGCUGGAUGAGGUCACCAAAGAGGGGAAACUGCUCUAUAUAGCUAAUAAAUGAUAUUUAGACAAUUAAAUAGGUUGAUGAAAGGCAAAGAAUGGGCUAUGGGUUUAGUUUCUCGGAGGACUCCUUUAUUACAAAAAAAAAUAAUUUUGUUACAUAGAAACAGUAAUCUUUUAUAUAUUGGUGAAGGUUCGGCGACCUUCCCAGACUUCUGUUCACUUCUUUGGCCUCCAUAGGACAAGGAACCGUUCUGGACUCCUCGGACUCUCGUCGAUUCUUAGUUUUUACACCGUGAACAAUAAACGAACGCAGACAACAUCUCCCCAAAGAUAACAAAUUAGAAUUCAGGUUUAUUAUUCCAAAAACAGGUGGUAAAACUGUAAAGUAAAAUUUUUUUUGGGGGGUGAUGGGGUAUAUACGGGGUCAGAAUGACAUUGCCUUACACUGCGGCCAAUCCAUAGGUCACUGAGGACACCAUCGAGGACCAGUGACAACCAAGAUGGCUACCUUGACUUUAUCUUUGCAUCGGGGAACCUGGAGGUGAACGUCAUCUUCUUCAGGUGGAACAAAUGAUGUAAUUCUGCAUAAACUUAAAUUGCGCACAUUAGAAGAACAACGUCUGAAGUCAACAAUUUUACCACGACCGGUUGACUCAUAUGGGGGGGGGGGGGGGGGGGUCCGGGGUGGAGAUAGCGGUCAAGCAAACGAAUGUGUAAGACCAACUUAAAGCGUGUAGAGCAGUGUUUCCCAAGCAGGGUGCCUCCAGCUGUUGCAGAACUACAACUCCCAGCAUGCGCGGACAGCCGUUGGCUGUCCGCGCAUGCUGGGAGCUGUAGUUUUGCAACAGCUGGAGGCACCCUGCUUGGGAAACACUGCUUUAGAUUCUGCGGUUUGACUUUGUCCUUGGCCUGGCCAGAAGCCCAAUAAGGUCCUAGGGUGAAGCAAUGGGGCCCCUGUAAUCUUUAAAGGGGUACUCCGGUGGAAAACAUUUUUUUUUAGGUCUUUAUAAGUCAACUGGUGCCAGAAAGUUAAACAGAUUUGUAAAUUACUUCUAUAAAAAAAAAAAAAUAAUCUUUACCCUUCCAGU